AUGAACUUUGAAGUUAAUUUACAGUCUAUUGUGGAAGGGCUCGUUCCCCAGGGACUUCCACCGCCAUCGAUUCGAACGUUAUCCUAUGAUUUAUCACGUUAUUUGCAUUCGCCUAAUAAGAAUUCUUCACAUUUGGAUUCUGUUUUGGCAAUUUAUAGAAGGCAGGUUCCUUAUACUUUGGAGAAUAAUAAGAAAUGGGAUUCUUUGAAAAAUAUUGUAGAGAAUAUAUCAAAUUUUGACAAUUCUGAAGAGAUGUUUAGAUUUCUUUCCAAUUCACAUUUAUUAUCACCUACAAGACCACAACGAGACUCUAUGAUAUCGGUGAACCAUAAUUCUUUGAGCCCAGAAGUUUUGAAUAGAAAUGACCAUCUUUUAAGUCCUAUGAAAUCGCCAAGUGUUUAUGCUGAAUCUUUUGAAAAUUUAGAUAGAUUUUCCGCCAUUUCAUCUCAUCAAAGUUACCAACCUUAUAGAAAUUUUAAUCCUAAUAACCUUUCCACUUUGGAGAAUUUAGUUAAACCUUACUAUACAAAGUUGGGAUCUGAAGAUGAUAUGUUGAAUUAUGUGCCUUAUACAUUAUUGGCAACAACAUCAGAUAUGUUCCCAAUGGAAUUUGGAAAAAUACGGAUACCCGAAAACAUUGCUAAUGCAGAAAGUGGAUUAUUGCAUAAAUUAUUUGAAGCUGGUCUUUUAUAUCAAAGGUUGAAUAGUAUCGUGGAACAUUAUAGAUCCAUUAGUAUAUCGCCGAUGAAGAAAACUUUAUUGGUUCAAAUUGGCCAGAGUUUAAGAAACUAUACAGGAUUUGUCAAUAGCCUGUCAGCAUCAAGCAAAAAUAAUUCACUUACCUUGAAAUCUUUAUAUUCCAAGAUUUUCGAUCAGAUUAUUCAAUUGAGAUAUUACAAUAAAGUUCUGGAACAUUUCGAGGAUACCGACGGUGAUGCUUAUCUGUCACAAUUGAAUAAUUUGAGAAUGCAUGGCGAUCCUAUAGUCCAAGAUUUAAGUAUUAGGUUGUUUUCAAGUUUAAUAUCAUAUUAUUAUGAAUAUUUGACCAAUUGGCUCACUUUGGGAAAACUAGUUUCAAUAAAUAACGAAUUUUUCAUCCAGGAAUCAAAAGAUUCUGAAUUUAUUCCGUACAUUUUAAACAAAAGCAAAAUUCCAGAUUUCAUACCAAAAAACAUGGUUUCCAAAAUUGUCAUCAUCGGUAAAACAUAUAUCUUCCUACAGAAAUAUUGUAAAGAACUUCAAUAUUGUAAUGCAUUUUCAAAAGAUUACAGUAAUAAAUAUAGUCAAAUCCAAUCUCAAGAGGUUUCACCUGAAUUAUUCAGCAUUAUCAAUGAGCAAUACCAUGAAAUAGUCGAUUAUACCAAUAAAGUUUUAAUAGAAAAGUUUCACUAUAUGAAAGUAGUAAAUAUACUAAAAGAUAUAUUGUUAAUGGGAAAAAGUGAUAUCGUUGAAGUACUGAUAGAAAGAGCUAGUGAUGUUCUUAGCGCACCAUCUGAAUCACUAUCCAGCUACGAACUGACCAGAUUUUUACAAGAAGCAGUACAGAAUUCAAGUUUUAGAAAUUGGUUAAACCAGGGUGAUAGAAAUUUUGUUAUCAAUGGGUUAGAUGCAAGGGUAUUGGACUUAGGUCAUGGAUCAAUUGGCUGGGAUGUGUUCACGUUAGAUUACAUAAUCGAGCCUCCAUUAUCUAUAGUGUUAAAUGUGAAUAGGCAAAAUAGUAAAAAAGAAUAUUUGAGAAUAUUCAAUUUCCUUUGGAGAUUCAAAAAGAACAAUUAUUUUUCAAAAAGAGAAAAACUAAGGUCAAAUAUGUUGAUCAGAGAACUGAAAAAAAUACAAAGGAACAGACCAUUGGUUCGAGAUAUUUUAUCGAAAGUUUCUAAAAUCAAUGUUUUAGAAUCACAAAUUCAACAAUUCAAUUCAAAACUAGAGAGAUACUGUUUUCAAGAUAUUAUAGACAAGAAUUUUAAGGAUUUUGAAACUAAACUUUCCUCAACAAAAACCGAAAAUUCUAGCCAUUCCUUAAAAACAAUAAAACUUAAAAGUGGAUUAAUCGUGCUUGAUGGAAUUUUAAAAGCAAAAAAUCAACCGUUUAACACACAUGAAAAAUCACAUUCAGAUGAUGAUUCUGAACCAAACAUCGAUGGGUUAGACAAUAUUCAUAAUCAAUACCUGUCUAAUAUGUUAUCGCACAAGUUAUUAGCAUCUGCCUCUUCAGAAUCAAUCGGGACAUUCUCUGAGCAGCCUUAUUCAACAUCUUUGAUAUUCUUAUUGAACUCGAUUUAUGAAUUUUCAACACAUUUUACUGCACUCAAUGAUGUCACUCAUGAAGUACUUAUCCAGUUAAAUCUUCAUAGCCAACAGGAAAUGAACCACUUACUUUCAAGGUUUAACACUGUACUAACUAAUAUUGUUGUACAAUAUAAAAAAUUCAGGACACAGUCUCUGUUGUUAAUCAAAGAUUUAAGAGCAGAUGGUAACGAUGAAAUGAUCAAAUUAAGUAGAUACUUACGUUAA